ACUCGAAAAUGUCAAUAAACUUCACAAGGACACCAAAAUUGUUGCUUGACAAAGUAGCCCACUACUCGUCAUUUGUGGAAAGCACAAAGCUUGUGAAGACUCGAGACGUAAAGAAACCACCCAGAUAUCCAAGUUUUUCAGUGAAGAAACCGACGAAAAAUCAAAAAAUAAGCCAGCACUUUGAUUAUCUUCUAGUAUUAGACUUUGAGGCCACGUGCCAAGAUAACUGGAAGGGACCAAUGCACCCGGUUCAAGAAAUCAUCGAAUUCCCAGUGGUCCAGCUCUCGACGGCGGAUUGGAGCGAAAUUCGCCGUUUUCAUCAAUACAUAAAGCCGACGGAAUUUCCAAGGCUCACAUCUUUCUGCACAUCUUUAACGAGAAUUAUUCAGGAAAUGGUUGACGAAAAACCGAAGCUUCCAGAAGUUUUAUCGGAAUUUGAUAGCUGGCUGAAAGAGGAUUCUCGGUUGAAACAGGGAAAUUUUGCAUUUGUUACUUGUGGAGACUGGGAUCUGAAAGUCGCGCUGCCGAGUGAGGCGAAAUUUAAGAAUAUCGAAAUUCCAGAGUACUUCAAUCAAUGGAUCAACGUGAAAAAGGCGUACGCGGAGCACACAAAUCAUUUCGCGAAAGGAAUGACUCAGCUCCUAGCCAUCUACAAGCUACAACAUCAGGGCCGCCUCCACAGUGGAAUCGAUGACGUGGCAAAUAUCUGCGAAAUUGUUCGGUGUUUGGGCAGGGACGGGCACAAUUAUCGAAUCACAGGCUCCAAGGACACAAUGACGCGGAGGGUGUUCAGAGAUGCGAGGAAAUAAUUUUUGUUGAAUUUUUAUCGAUUUUUCAGCUAGUUUUUAACAUAUAAAUGAGAUUUAUCAACAAUUUUCAACCGAUAUUUGCUCACAAUUCACUCUAAUCAGGUUUUAAAUCUGAUUUUCAGAAUUUCCGAUUGCAAUUUCCAGGAAUAAAAAUAUUUUAAUUUGAG